CUAGCUUAAAUCUUCUGUGCUUUGCGGUGCUUUGACUCCAUCUUCAGGGUCUUGGAGUCACUGCGGUCUUUAAAUUCCCUCUCACGCACCCACUCGCCAUGUAAACCGAGACGUCAGUGUUAAAAGAGUUCGCAGACCGUUUCCCUUUGGGUUUUCGAUGUUUCUGGGGAGUUGACUGUUUUGAGUCCUUCCUGAGACUGUGCAGCAGAGGACUGUCUGUUCCACAUGACUGACUUCUAAAGACUCAGACUGAGGAAGAAGCCUGGAAGAGCAAAGAAAAGGAGUCAGGAAUGGCUAUUUCUCAGGAACAGUUGACCUUCAAGGAUGUUGCUGUAGAAUUCUCUCAGGAGGAGUGGGAAUGCCUGGACCCUGCUCAGAGGGCCUUUUACAUGGACGUGAUGGUGGAGACCCUCAGGAACCUAAUCUCUGUGGAUAUCUCUCAUAUACAUGUGGUCAAGAAAUUACAACCAACAGCAAGCAGUGAUACAGGAGAUGCAUUCCAAACAGUGACAUUGGAAAGACAAAAAAGCCCUGAAAUGAAAUAUUUUUGCUUCACGGAAAUCCAGGAAGAUGACUUUGGGUGUCAGUGGAAGAAUGAUGAAAGAAAUUACAGAGGAAUGCCUGUAAUGUAUAAGGAAAAUGUAACUCACAGAAGAGAUCGACAAGGUAGGUGGGAUGCAGGAAAGAAGCCUAUUAAAAAUAGACUUGUGUUAAACUUUCAGGAUGAACUGCAUAUAUUUAAGAAAAAUAUUUACAAAUGUCAUGAAUGUGGCAAAUCCUUCAAUUAUGGCUCCUCUCUCAGUAGACACCUUCUAAUCCAUACAGGAGAGAAGUUAUAUAAAUGUGGUAUAUGUGGCAAUGUUUUUCGUCUGAAGUCACACCUUGUAAGUCAUUGGACAACUCACACUCGUGCAAAAAUUUACAAAUGUGAUGAGUGUGGUAAAACCUUUAAUCACGGCUCCUCCCUCCGUAGACAUCAGAUAAGGCAUACAGGAGAGAAAGUGUAUAAAUGUGAUGUAUGUAGCAAAGUCUGUAGUCAAAAUUCCUCUCUUAAACGUCAUCAAAGAAUUCAUACCGGAGAGAGACCUUACCGAUGCAAUGAGUGUGGCAAAACCUUUAAUCGUGGCUCUCACCUCUCCACACAUGAGGUAAUCCAUACAGGCAUGAAAUUAUGUAAGUGUGAUGUAUGUGGCAAAGUCUUUAGUCAGAAUUCAUGCCUUCGAAUUCAUCGGAGAAUUCACAACGGAGAGAAACCUUACAAAUGUAAUGAGUGUGGUAAGGUCUUCCGUCAAAAUUCACAUCUUGGAAGACAUCAGAGAAUUCAUACUGGGGAGAAACCUUACAAAUGUGAUGAGUGUGGCAAGGUCUUUAAUCAGUAUUCAAAUCUUGCAAGCCAUCAAAGAAUUCAUACUGGAGAGAAACCUUAUAACUGUAAUGUGUGUGGCAAGGUCUUCAGUCAGAAUUCAAAUCUUGUAAGUCAUCAGAGAAUUCAUACUGGUGAAAAACCUUACAAAUGUAAUGAGUGUGGCAAAUUUUUUAAUCAAAGAGCAUACCUUACAAAGCAUCAGAGAGUUCAUAUUGAAGAAAAGUCUUACAAAUGUAAUGAGUGUGGGAAGGUCUUCAGUCGAAAUUCAAAUCUUGAAAGUCAUCAGAGAAUUCAUACUGGAGAGAAACCUUUCAAAUGUAAUGAGUGUGGCAGGUUGUUUUCUCAAAAGCCAAACCUUGGAAAGCAUCAGAGAAUUCACACGGGAGAGAAACCUUACAAAUGUCAUGAGUGUGGGGAGGUCUUUAGUCGAAAUUCACUUUUUGCAGUUCAUCAGAGAAUACAUAACGUAGAGAAGGCUUUCAGCUGUAAUGAACUUGAAAUGCCUUUACUUAAUUCUCAACCUUCACUAAGUAUCAGACGCCAGGCCAAGGCCCCGCCCCCGGAAGGGCCCCUCUGGCCACUCUGGCCCCUCUGGCGCCCUUCUUUACGGAACCGGAAGUGGACUACGCGGAGAGAAGGUCACCCCGCUGAGUUGACUUCGAAAGACUUACUUUGCCCAAGGAAGAGCAUAGAAGAGGAAGAAGAGGAAAGAAGAGGAGUCAGGCAUGGCUGUUUCUCAGAUAUCUCUCAUAUGCAAGUUAUCAAGAAAUUACAACUAAAUGCAAACAUUUAUAGAGGAGAAGGAUUCCAAACAUUGAUACUGGGAAGACACAAAAGGAAUAAAAUUGAAGAUUUUUACCUCAGGGAAAUCCAGGAAAAUAUGUGUGACUUUGAGUCUCAGCCAAGAGAUGAGGAAAGAAAUUACAAAGGAAAGCGUGUAUCCCAUGACAAAAAUCUCCCCUGUAAGAGACAGCGGCAUGGUAGACACAUUGCAGGAAUUCAGCCUAUUGAAAACAGACUUCCUUUAAACUUUGAGAAUGAACUGCAGCUUUGUAAAAGUGAACAGAAAAUUGAUGAAUUUAAUGAUGCUCACAGGAGUAUCAUCAUUAAUGCCUCAUUUUCACCACUUCAAGGAGUUUCUUCUACUAUCCAGUCCAACCUUGGUAAUCCAUGUGUGAAUGAUUUUAUGCAUCCUUCAGUACUGACACAAGAUCAGAGGGCACACAAGGACAGCCCUUACAAUUGUAAUCAGAGUGGUCAAACCAUUCAUCAACGCUUAAACCUCACUCAACAUCAGUUGAUCCAUACAGGAGAGAAAAUCUUUAAUUGUGAUGUAUGUCACAAAGUGUUUAGUCAACAUUCAGACCUUGCUAUUCAUCAAACAAUUCAUACUGCAGAGAAAUCUUACAAGUAUAACAAGUGUGGCAAAACCCUUAACUGUGGAUUGCACCUCACUGGACAUCAAAUAAUCCAUACAAAAGAGAACUUAUAUAAGUGUGAUAUAUGUGAAAAAGUGUUUACUCAAAGUUCAUACCUUACAGUUCAUCAGAGAAUACAUACUGGAGAGAAACCAUACAAAUGUAAUGAAUGUGGCAAGGUGUUUAGUCAGAAUUCAUACCUUGCAAAACAUCGCAGAAUUCAUACUGGAGAGAAACCUUACAAAUGUAGUGAAUGUGGCAAAGCUUUCAGUCAAAAAGGAAACCUUGCAAGUCAUCAGAGAAUUCAUACUGGAGAGAAACCUUACCAGUGUAACGAGUGUGGUAAAAUGUUCAGUAUUAGAUCAACCCUUGUCAGUCAUCAGAUCAUUCAUACUGGAGAGAAACAUUACAAAUGUAAUGAGUGUGGCAAAACUUUUUAUUUUGGCUCACAUCUCAUACAACAUCAAAUCAUCCAUUCAGGAGAUAAACCAUAUAAAUGUGACAUCUGUGGGAAAGUCUUUGGUCAAAAUUCAUACCUUGCAGUUCAUCGGAGAAUUCAUACUGGGGAAAAGCCCUACGAAUGUAAAGACUGUGGCAAAAUCUUUAAUCACAGCUCAAACCUCAAGAGACAUCAGAUAAUCCAUACAGGACAGAAAUUAUGUAAAUGUGAUAUAUGUGGCAGAGUCUUCAGUUAUAAUUCAUACCUUGCAAUUCACCGGAGAACUCAUACUGGAGAGAAACCUUACAAAUGUAACGAGUGUGGCAAGGUCUUCAAUCGGAAUUCAAAUCUUGCAAUUCAUCAGAGAAUUCAUACUGGAGAGAAACCUUACAAGUGUAACGAGUGUGGCAGCUGCUUUAGUCGAAAGGCAUACCUGGCAAAGCAUCAGAGUGUUCAUACGAAAGGGAAACCUUUCAAAAACAAAGACUGUUGACAAGCCUUUACUUAAAUCUCAGCCGUCAAUACAUUUGUUGUUGUUCAGUUGCUAAGUCAUGUCUGACUCCUUGCAAACCCAUGGGCUGCAGCACACCAGGCUUCCCUAUCCUUCACUGUCUCCUGGGGUUUGC